AUGUCAAGUGUUAAAACGGCAGAACAAAUCGAUCAACCUACUGAGCUACAAUUAAAUGGCUCCACCGAUUUCAUACUCGUGACCGAUCAUCAGAAACCUACGAAGGGAUGUAAUUUUGGCGAUUUCUGCGAAUCUAGCCUGAAUAAUGUGUUUCGCAAAAAGACGCUCUAUAAACGUUUACCGAUUUUGCAAUGGUUACCUCGAUAUACACGCAGCGAUGCAAUUGGUGAUCUCAUAGCGGGCAUAACUGUUGGUUUAACAGUAAUUCCACAAGGUUUGGCCUACUCAAGCGUCGCUGGACUUCCAACACAGUAUGGUCUUUAUGGUGCGUUUAUGGGAUGUUUCGUUUACGUAGUACUUGGUACUUGCAAAGACAGCACGGUUGGCUCGACAGCCAUUGCAUCACUUAUGGUUUUUCAGUUCGCCAAAGGUGUAUGGCAACGCGCUGUGUUACUUACAUUCCUUACUGGCAUCAUCGAAAUUCUUAUGGCAUUCUUCCGAUUAGGUUUCAUCAUUGAAUUUGUUUCGGAUCCCGUCAGUGCCGGUUUCACAAGUGCUGUUACACUGAUCAUAUCCACAGCGCAGUUUAAAGAUAUUAUUGGUAUAAAAAAUGCGAAAGGUACCACAUUUCUGGAGCGAUGGAUAAGCAUGAUUAACAGCAUUGGGAGUAUACGCUUAGCGGACACUAUUCUCGGAUGUAGCUGUGUUGCUAUUUUGCUGUUAAUGCGCUUCAUAGGACGCAUUAAAGUCGGCCCGAAAAUGGGGCGGAAAUGGUAUCACAACUUCGUCACUAAGGUUUUGUGGUUUAUUAGCGUAUCACGAAACGCCACACUGGUUAUGAUAUGCGCAGCACUGAGCAUGUAUUUGCAGCAGCAAGAUAAAAAUUAUUUCCGGCUGACAGGAUUUAUACCAGCGGGAUUGCCUGAAUUUCGUUUACCACCCUUCUCCAUUGAAGCUGUACCGGCCAAUGUCACUGCCGGCCAGUCAGCUGUAGAAGCUGAAUCUUUCUUGGAUAUGGUGAAUAAUUUGGGUUACGGACUGUUGAUUGUGCCGCUCGUCGCAUUGUUGGAGAAUAUCGCUGUAUGUAAAGCGCUUUCUAAGGGGCAGCCUAUCGACGCAUCACAGGAAUUGCUUGCAAUGGGUGUAGCGAACGUGGCAAAUUCAUUUUGUCAAGGUUAUCGUGCCAAUGGUGGUCUGGCACGUUCGGCUGUCAAUAAAGCCAGUGGCGUUCGUACUCCGCUUGGCAAUUUUUAUAUUGGCAUAGUUGUAAUGUUUGCUUUGGUCUAUUUAACUGAGUUCUUCUACUAUAUCCCAAAGACGGUUCUGGCUUCCAUCAUCAUCUCAGCGGUGAUCUUCCAACUGCAGUACCAGGUGAUCAUGCCAAUGUGGCGUAGUAAACGUACUGAUUUAAUUCCUUAUUUUGUUGCUUUGGUAGCCUGCUUGGUUAUGCCGUUGGAGGUUGGCAUCCUUUUAGGUAUAGGUGUAAAUUUAUUAUUUAUUUUGUAUCAUUCAGCGCGUCCGAAAGUUCGUCUGGAGACAUUGGAGACUCAUGAUGGCAUUAAAUUUAUCAAACUCACACCAGAUCGCUGCCUCAUCUUUCCCUCCGUCGAAUUUGUGCGCAAUAUUGUAUUGAAGUUUGGCAAUAAAACUACACUUCCUGCAGUAAUCGAUUGCACCUAUGUCUAUGGUGCGGAUUAUACCGCAGCCAAAGUGAUUUCUUCUCUAAUUGAAGAUUUUAAACAAAGAAAUCAGAAGAUUAUUUUUUACAAUUUAAAGCCGCAUCUUGUGCAAAUCUUUGAAGGAUUAAACGUAAACUUGGUUUUGUGCUACAAUACUGAUGCACUUAUGCAGGCGUUGAAGGAUAAUCAAAAUGUUAUGGCAACAAAUAUUGUACCUUCCCUUCAAAAUGACGUAGAAUCUGGGGUGGGGAGUAGUGUGGAAACACUGAAUUCAACUGUUGUGUUUGACGCGCCGAGCACUGAUAACUUAACAAAAUUUUGCAAAUGA